AUGCCAAUUAAACAAAGAUGGACGACAUUGAAUAUUCUAUUUAAUUCGUAUGGCUACGGUGCAUAUGGUUACGGACAACAAGUAGCCACUCCUUAUGGACACGAUGAAACGGGAAUGAUGCAAGGUGUGAUGGGUCCGGGAACUGGCGGAGGUAAUUGUGGUAGCUCAGGAGGAGCUUACAAUGCCCGUUAUCAUUUCCAAGCAGCACAGAAUGCUGGAUUUGAUACUGGUAGUGAAGAUCAUCAACCAAGAACUGUUUAUGUUGGAAAUUUGGAUCCAAGUAUAACAGAGGACUUUAUCACUACGUUAUUUGGGCAGAUUGGUGCUGUAACAAAAACUAAAGUCAUCUUUGAUACUACAUCGCCCCAUAAAAAGGUAAGUACUGGAUGGCGUUGUGCAACAUCCCGAUUCCAAUUACCUCAGGACAAGUGGUACUUAAUAGUAGUAGUAGUAGUGCGUGUAAGGAAGGGUAUGUUGUCAACUGAAACGAAACAGGGAACAAAUGAUCCAUAUGCUUUCGUGGAAUUCGCUGAUCAUUACACUGCUGCGCAAGCACUGCAGGCAAUGAACAAAAGAGUACUUUUGGAAAAGGAAAUGAAAGUAAACUGGGCUACGGAGCCGGGAUCACAAGCAAAGGUAGACACCAGCAAACACUUCCAUGUAUUUGUUGGCGAUCUGUCACCGGAAGUUGAUAACAAAGCAUUAAAAGAUGCAUUUGCUCCGUUUGGAGAAGUUUCGGAUGCUAAAGUAAUUAGGGAUGCAACAACACUGAAAUCAAAAGGCUAUGGAUUUGUUUCCUAUCCGAAGAGAGAAGAAGCAGAGCGCGCAAUAGAGCAAAUGAACGGUCAGUGGUUGGGACGACGAACAAUUCGCACAAAUUGGGCAACACGUAAACCAACUGGUACUGGUGCUGGUGAUGGACAGUAUGGACGCACCGAAUUGAACUACGAUGACGUCUACAAUCAGACGGGUCCUGACAAUACAUCUGUCUACGUCGGAAAUGUUAACGCAAGCGCUAACGAUGAAGAUCUGCGAGCAGCAUUUGACAAAUUUGGCCGUAUCCUAGAAGUUCGAAUCUUCAAAUCACAGGGAUAUGCAUUUGUGCGUUUCGACAAAAAGGAUUCUGCUUGUAACGCCAUAUGCAAAAUGAAUGGACAAGAGCUUUGCGGUCAAAACAUAAAGUGUUCUUGGGGAAGAACGCCUGAGGGUCACAACCAGCAGGUUAACGCAUACAAUCAAGCCCAAGCAUAUGCAAAUUAUGGUGGUUAUGGGGCCUAUGGAUACGGAAAUGGUGCGUCAGGUGGUCCGGGUGGUACUGCUGCAGCUCAACAACAGUACUGGAAUUACUAUCAGCAGUAUUACAGCAAUCCACAACUUGUUCAGCAGCAAUGGCAGAGUUAUUGGCAGCAGCAGCAGCCACAAGGUGGAAAUCAGUAA